AUGCCCUCGUUCUGACUGACGUUCCCUCAAAUUUCAAACAAUCGCUGAUUUUAGUCAGGUGACCAUGAUCCGUCUGCUCUUUUGUUUGCUCUCUUUGUUCUCGACCUCUUUGUCUUUAUCAACUUUAAAGGACGGACAACAUCCCCUCCAUAGACCACAUCUGACACUACCCACUAACCUCUACGUCCAUUUACGAUGCGUAGCCUGGGGAACAACACAUUUCUUGCCCUAGCAGACAUCGAAGAGCUCAAAUGCUCCAUCCUGAAUGUGUUGCGUGCAGGAUCUUCUCUAUCUGAAGCAACCACAGAUAAGCUCUCCCUGCUCGAUUCGCAAAUCCCGCUAUAUGAUGCGGAGAUUUCACGUGUUGAAGGUGUUUUGGUGGCGCUUAAAGCCUCCAAGACGGCGAUUAGGGACUGUAUGCAUCUUCAACAGUCCUCUGCUUCACCCAUCCGUACUCUUCCCGUGGAAAUCCUCACUGCAAUAUUCGAGGAUGCAUGCUGUACCAGUUCUGCAGGCUCGGAACCAUUCAUACCACCUACAGUAUUGACCUCAGUGUGCUCGCAUUGGCGUAAAGUCUGCCUCUCAAGGUCCAUUCUUUGGACACAUAUAACAGCCUGCCAUCGCAUUCGGCCAGAUAACUCCUCCCUCAUCGCCCGUCGCGUAGAUCAUUACCGGUCAUUGUCUGAGUCACUCAGCCUCACCUUCCAUCUUACAGCAUCGUAUGAAAAAGCAGAUUAUGACAAUACUCGUGAUCGGCAAAAGUGAUGGCCGAUGCCUUAUUUGGUGCAGCAUGGUACUCAGGACCGUGAUCACAAAAAAUUCUAAUUGUGCCUAUCUACCGUCGCCAUUGUUCCAAAUAUACCAACUAUCCAUCCUCUAAAACCGUGUGUGAC